AUGUCGUCACUUGUCGGCAGCCUGACCAGCUACGUUGACUUGAGCAAGCGGAGCCUGCUAGUCUCGGCCGCCUCAAUCGCCUUUAACCCUCUGUUUUGGAACAUCGUCGCCCGUCAAGAAUACCGCAACAAGAUUCUCACCAAGCUGUUUGGCGGCAACCGCACCGUCGCCAACUACGCGCUCGCCGCCACCAUCUUUUCCAUCGGCCUGGUGCGCGACUAUCUCUACAAAACGGCCAUUUUCGAGCAGCCCGCGCACCCGGCUCUUCAGAACAGCGUGUACGUGCAGGCGGCCGCAUACGCGCUCCUCGCCGCGGGCAACAUUCUGGUGGUGACGUCGACAUGGCAGCUGGGCAUCCGGGGCACCUUUCUCGGCGACUACUUUGGCUUCCUGCAGGAACGCAUGGUGACGGGGUUCCCGUUUAGCGUGACGGGCGCGCCCAUGUACUGGGGAUCGACCAUGAGCUUCCUGGGCACGGCGCUGCUCUUUGGGCGGCCGGCGGGUGUGCUGCUGACGGGCGAGGUGCUGCUGGUGUAUCUGGUGGCGCUGCGCUUUGAGGACCCGUUCACGGCGGGCAUCUACGCCAAGAGAGAUCGGGAGCGCGCGGCGGCCAAGGCGGGUAAGAAGAGCGAGUAA